AUGGAGCGUAUGUGCAAGCUGUACGACGGCGAUUAUUGGUAUUCCGUUAAGGGCAAAGGAAAGCGGGUGGGCGUUCAGAGUGCGCGUAUGAGUAUGGCGACCUUCACAACACCUCGAAGGUUUUUGACUGAAAUAUGGCCAAAGGUUGUCGCUUGCCGCAACGGACUUGCGGAUCGCGUCUUAAUUAUGUACCAGGAUCGCCACCAAAUGGAAAUUGAAGAGAUGGAACAGUGUUCCUCUGAUAUCCAGCAAGGUCCAUUGAAAGGCUUAGGGACGGUGUAUGAACAUAUCUACACAGAGCACCACCAGCAAAACCCUGUCGAAUACACAUUAACUGCAACCGCCCGCGAGCUGUACAUAAAAUACUGUAAGGGGAAGACCAAUAUGCCAUCUUCAGUCGGUGCGUUUAAUCCUGAGUGCAACGCCAAAACAGGGAAAAACGCCCUCAGGUUGGCCCUAAAUCUUCACGUGCUAUGGCAUCGUCUUGACAAGGCCUUAAAUCAACUUGCUGGACCAACCCCAACGACAAUCAGCGAAAGCACCAUGAACAUGGCCUUGACUCUGCACGACACCCUUCUCGCUUUCGGAGGAGUUGCUGAAGCAUGUUUGCAGUUGAAACAAGGGGCUUCAGCAAUACGUCUGGACGUCUCGAAAGAAGACAUAAAGAAGAAAAUUCUAUGCUUACCUGGGCCGUUUUGCAGUGCAAAACGCGUCUACAACAGUUUUUCUUCAAGUUCGCGACCCAGCCCUCAAGUCACAGAACAGUGUUUUCAAGAACUGACCAAUGAAUCUCUUGGUAGUUUCAAGAAGGUACAGAAGUCUACGUUCUUCUAUAAAGCGCUACCAUUAACCCUUGCUAAUUCUGAACAUCAUCUUGGUGCUCUUAACUUGUCCCUUGAAGAUUAUAAAGCAAAUUUUUUGAAGAAGGAUGACCUUCUUCCCUCCUCCCAGAGGGAUAAGAUGCUCGAAAAUCACCCACAGGAAAACGAACUGAGGGCAUACCUCCAACAAGAAGGGGCUCUAAUUUUAGAUGAGUAA